UGGAUGACGCUUCCGGCCAUUAUACAUCUGGUUUCUUCUAUGGGAACAACUAUUGGUUGGGUUCACUAUCGCUAUGUGAAUCCAUUUACCACGAAGGUGACGAUGACAGCGUUAAUUCAAGGACCGCUAAGAAUUCAGGUUUACCGUUUGCAAAAGCACAUACGCAAAUCUAUACAACGGUCUACAAUGAAAAUCCAACAUUUAUCCCUGGGUUCUUUGUGAUAAAGAUCUUCUUGAAUGAAACCUUUCCCACAUUUUUGACUAGAACCAUCUAUGUUGGCGUUUGUAUACCUUCCACCUGCUCUAAUAACGACGUUCACACUAUGGCGGAAUUCACACAAAUACCCUCGGCGACUCGGACUGUUAAAGUUUUGAAUGUGCGCAUGCCCAGCAACAAAAAGUUCAACCUAUUCGGCGAUCGAACAUUUUGGAUUUUAAG